AUGCACCCCAUCAGCACCCCCCCCACCCUCAAGGAGAAAACAGAAGCAGGACCUUCCAAAAAGAUCAAGGACGAGAUCAGGCCCAAUAAGUCCGAGACUAGGGCGGAUAAGCAUACCAAGGAGGAGCAAUCUCAAGAGGAGAACAAGGAGAACCAGAAGUGGAGAGCCAAGUACGCCCCAAGGACAGACAGGAAAAAUUAUUCUGAUCAUGAUCGAAUCAAGGGCCAAGGAAUCUUCGCAGGAAACGUCAGGAUAAUGGAAGGCAGAGAACAAGCUCAAGACGAGAGAAUCCCCCCCAAGCGG